GUCGGGCACCUCGAGUCUGUAAGUGGGCGCAGUGCUUCGUUUGACGCUAUCAGUAUGCUCAUGGCGAGGAUAUAGGGUAAGACGAAGACGAAGGUGCGCCUCAUCCGUCUUUCCUUAGACCUGGUUCUGACGAGCAACAUGUAUAGUACACUUCGGUCUGCCCAUCUGGAGCACGGGCCUCGCACUGAACCCGCCGGUACUGGUACGCACUGCAGAGGCUGAGACAGAUGCGAAGACUAAGAGGCCUGAAGGACACGGACAAGCCUGACCUGGACGUCUGGGCGUCGAGCGACGCCGCGAUGAUCCAUGGCAUGCCUCUCCCGGUCACCGCCCAAGACACCCUUCUCCCCUGCUCACUCGUCGUCCACCAGAAGGCGAAGCACCAGUUGGAAAACGUGCCGUUCCGGUUCCACAACGCGGGGUCGCCCGCGUACAUCGGCGGCGGGCAGGCGUUGUACGACCGCACGCGCGCCUGGCGAAGGCGCGGGGGAGGAGGCGGGGCGGUUCGCGUGACGGUGGUCGCUGUGGCGCGCUGCGUACUUCACCAUGACGCUGAGCUGGAAGAGCAAGCCGUCGCUCGUUUCGCUCAGUCUCUCCGUGCUCUGCGCGCGUUUGUGAUUGGGAAGCAGUGCGGACCGAUGUGCGUCUCUCGCAUUGUAAGGGCGCCGCAUUCCCACCCCUCACACUCGUUGUCCGCGAUGGCAUGCCGCGCCAUGCCACGGCGGCGCGACCGGCCUGCUGCCCACGCUGUACGACCGUCCCUCGCAGCCCACGAGCUGCAGGUUCUCGCUCGCCCCGUGGACAAGAUCACCGACCGUCGGGUAGGAGCCCGUCCGCGCAUCUGCCUGCAGAAAGCUGAUGUGGGGGAAGCGCUGCCCCUGCGAGAGGAGAAGAAAUUGGUAUCAGGUAUGCGAUGCACAAGUCCCAGUGCGACGGUAUACGGAGCACCACGUCGGGCACCUGGAGUCUGGCAAGACGAAGACGAAGUACACUUCGGUCUGCCUAUCUGGAGCACGGGCCUUGCACUGAACCCGGCGGUACUGAUCGAGUGUGACGGUAAAGACUCAAGCACGCAUGUCGAUGACUGUGUGUAACUUGAUCACCGACGAGCACCCCAGCGGACAAGCCUGACCUGGACGUUUGGGUGUUGGGCGACGCCGCGAUGAUCAAAGGCAUGCCUCUCCCAGUCACCGCCCAAGACACCCUUCUCCCCUGCUCACUCCGCGUCGUAAAUCGGAAAACGAAGUAACUCUGGAAGAAGCCCAGUGCCGCGAAGGACCAGCUGGCAAAGGAUCCGUUCCGAUUCCACAACGCGGGUCGCUCGCGUACAUCGGCGGCUGGCAGGCGUUGUACGACCACACGCGCGCAUAGAGAAGCCGAGGGGGAAG